GUCCCGGCCCCUCGCGCUCGGGAAAAUGCUGCUCUCGGUGCCGCCGCGCUCGGGGCUCCCCGCCUUCGCCUACAACAAGGGCGGCAAGAAGCAGCCCUAUGUGCCCCCGGCACAGCCCCUGGGCCCCCCCAGCCCCAGCCCUGCCGGGGGGGCCCCGGACCAGCUCAGCAAGACCAACCUCUACAUCCGGGGGCUGCACCCUGGCACCACAGACCAGGACCUGGUCAAGCUCUGCCAGCCUUAUGGGAAGAUUGUCUCCACCAAAGCCAUCCUGGACAAGACAACCAACAAAUGCAAAGGCUAUGGCUUCGUGGACUUUGACAGCCCCACAGCCGCCCAAAAGGCCGUGACAGCGCUGAAGGCCAGCGGCGUGCAGGCACAGAUGGCCAAGCAACAGGAGCAGGACCCCACCAACCUGUACAUCUCGAACCUGCCGCUGGGCGUGGACGAGCAGGAGCUGGAGGCGCUGCUGAAGCCCUUUGGGCAGGUGGUCUCCACCCGCAUCCUGCGGGACCCCCACGGGGCCAGCCGGGGGGUGGGCUUUGCACGGAUGGAAUCCACGGAGAAGUGCGAGGCUGUCAUCACCCACUUCAACGGGAAAUUCAUCAAAACCCCCCCGGGGGUUCCAGCCCCCCCAGACCCCCUGCUCUGCAAGUUUGCUGAUGGGGGGCAGAAGAAGCGGCAGAGCCAGGGCAAGUUCGUGUCCAACGGCAGAGCCUGGGCCCGGGACGGCGACACGGGCACCGUGACCUUGGCCUACGACCCCGCGACGGCGCUGCAGAACGGGUUCUACCCGGCGCCCUACGGGCUGGCUCCCGGCCGGAUGCUCCCCCCCGCCGCCCUGGCCCCCUACCUGCCCUCCCCAGUGUCCUCCUACCAGGUCCACGGCCCCACCUGGAUGCACCAGUCCUACCUCGUGCAGCCCACGGUGAGCCCCGCCUGGAGCCCCUCCCAGUGCCACACCCAUGUGUCCCCAUAG